AUGGAAAAGGCAGUGACUGACAUGGACAUAAGAAGACAAGAAGAAGUUAAUGAAAACCCAUUAGGUUCCAAUAGGAUGGAAGAUGGCAUAUGGAGGAGAAUAUGGAGAGGCUCAUGUGGUAAUGGGCUUGCUAGAAAUUUGAAGACUCUCUUUAAAGGAUAUAAACCCAAUUUGAUUGUCCUCUCUGAGACCAAGUGUUCAAAUGCCUCAAGAUUCUUCUUCCUCCACACGUUGGGUUUCGACACUGUGAAGAUGAUACCUAGCGAAGGGAGAUCUGGAGGGAUGGUGGCCGCUUGGAAUAGUAGCAUUGUCAAUGUUUUAGUUCUAGAAGAGGAUCGACAAUAUUUCCAUCUUCAAUGUCAAUUUCCCAACAUUCCUACUUUCCUAUUUACAGCAAUUUACGUGAUCCCACAUUCGAAUUACAGGCAACUUCUAUGGGCGAAACUCUACCAUUUUUCGCAAGGGAUGGCACUACGUUGGAUAGUCUGUGGGGACUUUAAUGAUAUUCUCUUUCCCACAGAGAGAAUAGGUGGAGUGAGAUGUAACGAGUGUAACAGUCUAGAUCUCGCUGAACUCGAGACAAAAUCGAAUUUUCCCGUGUUGGAUCAGUCCAGACUCUGUGGGAUAGGCGGCUUACCCAGCAGUGAUGAAAUUCGAUCUUUCCUCUUUAACAUGGGGCCAUAUAAAGCCCCUGGCUAUGACGGCUUCUCCCCCAUUUUCUUCCAAGCUAAUUGGGAUGUAGUAGGUCUUUCUCUAUGCAAUUUUGUAAGAGGUGUCUUUGACGGAUCUGUCUCUGUUGUUGAUGCUAAUAGAACUCUGAUUUCUCUAAUUCCUAAGAGAGAAUCUCCACAAAGAGUUGAACAUUUCAGGCCUAUUUCAUUAUGCUCUGUGCAUUAUAAAUGUGUCACAAAAAUCAUUACUCAAAGACUCAAGAAUCUUAUGGAUGAUUGGAUCUCUCCUUACCAAUCUAGCUUCAUCUCUAGGAGGCACAUACAAGAUAAUAUCAUGGUUGGACAGGAGAUUAUGCAUGUAAUGAAGAGAGCUAAAGGCAGAAAAGGUUUGAUGGCUAUUAAGAUUGAUCUUGAGAAGGCUUAUGACCGUCUUGAGUGGAGCUUCAUCAGGCAAACUCUUCUAGACACAGGAAUAGAGAGUAAUUUCAGUAAUCUCAUCAUGAAUUGCAUCUCUUCUACUACUUACAAUGUACUUUGGAAUGAUAGGUUGUCUCACAUCAUUAGCGAUGCUGUCAAUGAUAAUGCUUGGAGGCCGAUUCAUGUGACUAGACAUGGUCCUUCAAUUUCUCACCUUAUGUUCGCUGACGACCUUCUUUUGUUUGGGGAGGCUUCUGAAAGUCAGGCAAACUAUAUGAUGGAUUGUCUUGAGAGAUUUUGUAAAGCUUCAGGGGAAAAAGUAGCCAAAAUCCCUGCCUUGGUUUGCCAUGAGGUUGAAAGAUUACAGCGAAACUUCAUUUGGGGGGAAGAUCAGCACAAGAAUGGAUUCCAUCCUAUUGGAUGGGAAAGAUUAAUUCUCCCAAAAGAUUUUGGUGGUUUGGGUUUUAGAAGGCUAACUUCAGUUAACAGGGCUUUGGGAUCGAAAAUUGCUUGGAAUAUGAUAAUUGGCUCUAAGUCGCUAUGGGCUGAUGUUUUCCAAAGGAAAUACAUGACUAGAAGUGAAGAAAAUCUUUUCAAUACUCAACAGGGGGAUUCUAGACUUUGGAAAUUCAUUUGUCAACAGAGUGAUGUUAUUGAGCAAGGAACUAGAUGGCAGUUGCGAAAUGGGCUGAACAUCAACUUCUUUAAUGAUUAUUGGUUGUACCAUGAUAGAAAGAUUAUAGAUUUUUGCUAUAAAGAUAUAUCUCUGCAAGAAAAUAUGACUAUGGUUGCUGAUUGGAUUUGUAAUGGUUCUUGGAACUUAAAUAGGAUGGCUACUAUGGUUAGCAGUGAAGUAAUUAAGCGUCUAAUUACUACCCCUCCUCCAGUGGUAGGAAUGGGAAACGAUGUCAUGACUUGGGGGGCUACUAACCAUGGAAACUUUACUGUGAGAAGUGCUUACUUCUUGAUUGAGAAACCUCCCCACAACCUUUAUAGCCCGGUUUAUAAGUACAUUUGGAAAUGGAAAGGUGCAGAAAGGAUACGCGUUUUCCUAUGGAUAGCUUACAGUGAAAAGCUACCAACCAAUAUGUGGAGAAGUAAAUGGUCAAACUGCUCGGGUUUGUGUUCUGGAUGUCAUGAUGAUGUCGAGGACGUGUUGCAUGUUUUACGUGACUGCUACUAUGCUAGGAACUUAUGGUUACAACUUGUGGAUAGCAGGGAACAUAAUUAUGCUGCGGAUUUAUUGGCUAAGCCGCCCAUAGGAAACAGGAAAAUUUUUCUUUUUUGA